AUGAUUCUGGGAUUCUUCUAUGGACUUUUCCUGAGCCUGAUUCUCUACCAUUUCGUAAUUGUCGAUUUAGAAUUCACCGAUCAGACCACUCGUCUAAUGGGCAUCGUCAUCAGUCUAUUUUUGAGCAUCGGCCAUGCCAUUUCACAACAGGUUCGGUGUUUGGGACUUUUGGCGAUGCCGACGUUCUGUGACAAGUCUGGUCAACGGGUACUGGUAACCAUGGUAUUUGCGUACGUAAUGGCCGGCCCUUUGAAUAACAUAAUGAGAAACGGAUCCGAAGUAAUCAGAGUGUUCACCUGUUCCAGUGCGUUGGUAUUUAAUUUGACCAAGGUCCGUUAUGAACUCAUGUUCAAACCAUUCCAGGAAGCACUGUUUAACCUCAGGGCUGAAACGAACGAGAUAAAAGAAACCAUAAAUUCCAUCAACGACGUGAUAGAUCCGAUUCGACAGGAAUUCGAAUCAGACAGUGACGAUAUCGUACUACACGAGAGAAACGACUACUUAGACGAUCUGGAAAUGAAACCAUCGCAAAUGUACAAUUCAAAAUCUUCCGGGUAUACGAAAAAUAUGUACAAGAUCCCGGAGCCGAGUGAAGUGGAAACAAAGUACAGAGAUAAAUUGAGCAGAAAAUGCAAAGGCAUCAUCACCCGGGCGGACGACAAGUGCAAGGCAGCGUUUCAGACCAGCUACAACAUUUGCAAGGACUCUGUACACUGGUCCGUGAACUGGGCCCUAUGCUGGCCCAUGCAAGUCACUUUCGUCUGCAACCUUGCACCACGUAAAAAUAUAAACAUUUUUAGCGUUGAAAUUUCAAGGGGGUUACUCAAGGGAACUCCGGAUACGAGUGUAAAACCUGAAUUGUUUGGUGGCGGAGACGUGUGCGAUUCCGGGACAUCGGUAAAUUCCGGUUUUGGCAAGGGAUACGUGUACCUGACAAAGUCCAAGGACGAAUUAAAACGAGAAUUCCUGCACGUAAAAGUCAAUUACAAGUUGAACAAAGUGAAAAUAAUGGUAAUGUCCGCGCAUUCGGUUAGACCAUAA